AUGCGGAAUGUUCCUCAGUUGCCGUGUGGAAAAGCACUUUACAGCUACGAGGGCAAAGAGCCUGGCGACCUCAAGUUCAACAAAGGUGACAUCAUCAUUCUGCGCCGUAAGGUGGAUGAGAACUGGUAUCACGGCGAGUUGAACGGCAGUCAUGGUUUCCUGCCAGCGAGCUACAUUCAGUGCAUCAGACCGCUGUCACAAACUCCUCCUCAGGGCAAAGCGCUGUACGACUUUGAGGUUAAAGACAAAGACCAGGAUAAAGACUGCUUGACUUUCACCAAGGAUGAGAUUCUGACCGUCAUACGACGAGUGGACGAUAACUGGGCAGAAGGCAUGCUGGGAGAUAAGAUUGGCAUUUUUCCAAUCUUAUACGUUGAGUUAAAUGAGACGGCAAAGCAGCUGAUGGAGAUGGACAAACCGUCACCGAUACCAGGCCCGAGUACUGACCCGGGUUCCCCCACAGCCAGCUCCAGUUCUGGUCCGGCAGCCGUGAGCUGUAACGGUUCGGGCAGCGCGGGCAUCCACCGGUGCAUGGAGGGCAAGAAGAACGCAAAGAAGCGGCACUCGUUCACGGCAUUGAGUAUAACGCAGUGUUCGGCGCAGGCGCUGGGAAACAACAGACACUCAAUGGAGAUCAGCGCGCCCGUUCUCAUCAGCUCAUCUGACCCGCGAGCUGCAGCGCGUAUAGGAGAAAGUCCGCAUCUCUCCUCCAGCGCGCCCACGUCACAGGACUCUUCAGUCGCCGCUCCAGUGAGCGCAUCAGUUCCUCCACGCAUCAUGUCUGCAUCAGGAGAUCUGCUCGCUGCUGCUAAAGUCCAGCUGCCUCUCAACAUCUAUCUGGCGAUGUACGCGUACAAGCCUCAGAAAGCCGACGAGCUGGAGUUGAGAAAGGGUGAGAUGUACCGCGUCAUGGAGAAGUGUCAGGACGGAUGGUUUAAAGGAAUGUCGCUGCGCUCGGGAGCGUCUGGAGUUUUCCCUGGAAACUACGUCACGACCGUCUCCAGGGCUCCGUUUGCAGUCGGGCAGACGCGUGCUUGUCUCUCAGGAACGUCUCAGGUGUCUAAGGUGACCCCUGGAUCUCCGGGCUCCGCAGGGCCCUCAAGUCCCGUCUUGUUUGCGUCUGCGUCUCGAUCCAGCACGCCGCUGCCCAGCCCGUCUUCACCGCAGCUGCAGCCUGCAGCCAUCCACCUGAAGAACUGUCUGCGCCUGUCCAGUCAACAAACUGUCAAUCAAGCGCGCUCCGCCAUGCAGUUAGUUCACAGUCCUCCGGCGGGCAGCAGCCCUGAACGCCCCACCGCGGCCGUCACACCCCUCAGACCGCACGGCAGUCCCUCAUGCUCCCCGGGCCCCGCCGCAGGACGGCCCCUCUCGAUGGUGGCGGUCCCUCAGACACAUUCUUCCCUGCAGUCCGGGUCGCACUCUCCAGCGUCAGUACGGGUGCUCAUACCGCUCGGCUUCGCCGCGACCGCCAUCACCCCGCCAAACGUCAACGCAGCUCAUCUAAACGGAGGAGACGCGUCCGUCUGCCCACUGCAGCCCUCCUCUCCUGCACACACGCAUGUGCAGGGCGCAGUCGCAAGCCUCCCUAAACUCGACGAGAAGAAGGUAGAAAAGAAGGAGAAGAAGAGCAGUGGUCUACUGAAGCUUCUCUCUGGUGCUGCAGCAAAAAAGAAAUCGCGCUCGCCGCCGUCCAUCUCCCCGACGCAUGACGCGCGUUCUCCGGCCGUCGAGGCUUCCUCCGUUCAGGGCACAAUGGCUCCAGAGCUGCGGUCCGCAGGCGGUCACGGCCGGGCGGGGUCGUGUCCCAUCGAGAGCGAGAUGCAGGGGGCCAUGAGCAUCGAGCCGCUCCACAGGAAGUCUGGCUCACUGGACCUGAACUUCUCCGUGUCUCCACCAGCACGCCAGCUCUGCUCGUCAUCGCCGCUCGCCAUCAGACCCGAACCCAAGCCGUUAUCCAGAGAGAGGUAUCGUGUGGUGGUGCCGUACCCGCCUCAGAGCCAAGCAGAGAUCGAGCUGAAGGAGGGCGACAUCGUGUUCGUGCACAAGAAGCGAGAGGACGGCUGGUAUAAAGGAACAUUGCAACGCACCGGACGAACAGGACUCUUUCCCGGCAGCUUCGUGGAGAGUUUCUAGGUGAGGAACAUCAGCCAGUAAACACACCUCCGGGGAGUCGGACACCUGUGGUCAAAAAUGUCCAAAUAAUCUCUCCAAACAGAGGCGUUGAAGAAGAGCUGCUCCCUCAUGAACCUCAUAAGCUGCUCAAAACACAAGCACAUGAACUGCCAUUCUCCUCAUAGAUGUGUUAGGAGAGCCCUGUCAUGUCGACAAAUGCACACAGUGUUCGUGUAGUUUUGCCGAAUUCUGCCUCACAGUACACGCCCCUUUUUCACUGAAACGGUGCUGGUGUUCGGCAGAACUGCAAACGAUGAUGCAACGGACUGUUUUACUGCCUGUAAAUAAACACGGCGCAUCAGUCGCUCUUUACGAGUCUUAUGAGUUCUUUUAAAUCAAUAUCUUUAUACAGCACAACAGCAGUUCCAGAGGUGAAACUCCCAUUCAUUUUCUCCUGUGGGGAAUUGAUUAUUAACCACAAUAACUUUGAUUGGUCCGUCAGACGGCUCUCGGUUUCAUGCACCAACACUGGCAGAAUCUCAGCGGAAAAGGGGCAAAGAAACAAAGCACACAUCAGCACUCACACAUAUACACACACACACAUAAACACAUACACACACGCAUCAACACACACACUCACAUACACACAUCAACACACAUAUACACAUAUAUACACACACACAUGCACACACUCACACACACACACACACACACACUUGCACUACACAAACACAUCAACACACACUCACACUACACACACACACAUCAACACACUCACACACACACUCACACUACACACACACAUCAACACACACACACACACACAUCAACACACAUAUACACAUACAUCAACACACACCACACACACUCACACACCCUACACACACACACUCACACACCACACACACACACUCACGCACACACACACACACACACACACACACACACUCUCUCACACAUAGACACACACACACUUACACAAACACUCACACCACACACACACUCACACCACACACUCUCUCUCACACACACACACAAAACACUCACACCACACACACAUUCACACACACA